AUGACUCUCAAACACCCUCUAUAUGUUGCUGUGAUCCGGAGUGGUUCUUAUAAAAAAAGGUACUUGGAUUCUCUACUUGGCUUUGGAGAAAACAUCGGUUCUAGAGCAUGCAACAUAAGGCUAUCAUCAGGGACAAACAGGCCAUACUAUGUUCAUAAAACGUUCAGUUCAAUGUUAAGAGUAUAUGUUGAUGAUAUGAUCCUUACUCGAGAUAACUUGGAUGAAACUACUAGAAUGAAGACGCACUUAUCAUUUGAGUUUGAGAUAAAAAAUCCAAUGGAUCCUAAUAUAAACCUGGAGAAAGUAAUUGAUCCAGUAGAUAAUACAAGAUAUCGAAAAUUGGUAGGAAAGUUAAUUUACUUGUCUCAUACUUGUCCAGAUAUCGCCUUCGCUAUCAAUAUGGUUAUUCGGUUUAUGCAUACUCUAUAUGAAGAAUAUCUUGAUGUUAUGUACAGAACUACUGGAAAAGGAUUAUUUUCUAAGAAGAAUGAGCAUCGAGGGAUUGAAGUUUACAUUGAUGCAGAUUGGGCAAUAUUUGUGAUUGAUAAAAGAUAUACAUCAUUAUAUUAUACCUAUGGAUAG